GGUCUGAGACUCCCUCAUCCAACUCGACAGAGAGUUCACUCUAACGUUGUUGGUUCUGUAAAGAGGUGAGGGAGAAGAUGGCGCUCUCCUUCAUCAGCAACUCUGUGACUAGAAAUUAUCUUCCUUUCCAAAUACCAUCUCCAAGAAAGUCUCUCUGUAAAUUGCUCGACUCCAGUAGGCACUUGAAGGAUGCUGUCCCUGUGUGCUCACCACCUGCCCUCUUCUGCAGAAGCCAAGGCUUCGCCUCUCUACGAAGAAGCGCUUCUGCCAUCUCUCUGCAACCUGCAAACUACGAGUUUUCUGACAGUGCUACGGAGUUAGAAUUGCGAAUCCCACUUAUGGGGGAUGCUUUUCGGUACUCAGAAGGUAUUCUAGUGGACACAGAUGAGAGCUCCUUGAUAAUCAAGUUCCGGUCCCCUAGCUCUGUACAGACAUUGAUGGAAGUUGGUAAUCUAUAUGACAGGAUAAAGCCUGCUGAGACGAUCUGGUAUAUUGAUGAAGAUCAAUUGGUGGUAAACCUGAAAAAGCAUGAUCCUGACUUGAAAUGGCCUGAUAUUAUGGAAACGUGGGAAUCUCUCUCCACAGGAGUGAUGCAACUUCUGAAAGGCACAUCAAUAUACACAGUUGGCAAUUCCAGUGAGAUGAACUGGGAAGUCGCUAAACAGCUUGCAUCUGGUCUGGGGUAUGCUCCUCUUAACACAAGUGAAUUGCUAGAAACAAUUGCAAGACAAAGUAUUGAUACAUGGAUAGCUUCAGAAGGUGCGGAUUCUGUUGCAGAAGCUGAGGGAGCAAUACUGGAAAGUUUAAGUAGUCAUGCUCGUGCUGUAGUUGCAACAUUAGGAGGGAGCAAUGGAGCAGCUGGAAGAGCUGACAAGUGGCGUCAUCUAUACGCUGGUUUUACAGUGUGGCUAGAUCUAUCUGAAGCCUCUGAAAAGUCUGCUGAGGAAGUGGCAAGAAAUGUGCAAAGUAGCGACAAACAUGGAUACAGUAAUGCAGAUGUCAUUGUGAGGCUGGAGCAGUGGGAUUCAAACCUUUCUCAGAUAGCUGCUCAGGCUUGCCUAAGUGCACUUAAAAGAUUGAUCCUGUCAGAUAAGCAGCUGCCAGGGAAGAAGAGUCUUUAUAUCAGGUUGGGAUGCCGUGGUGACUGGCCAAAUAUUGAACCUCCGGGAUACGAUCCAUCAAAAGCAGUUGAAGAGUCCUCUUGAGAUAUCUCUCGUGGCAAUUGCAUGGCUGCUGGGCAUGCGGAUGUUUUAUGUUCACGCACUGUGUAUCUUGCCAGCAUACUGAAAGAACUGGCAUUUGCAACUGCUGAAAAGCUGGCAUGCAACUGUUUUCAAAUGGGCAAUUCUGUAUAUUAAUCUCAUUAGCUGCAAUAGUUUUUCAUUACUCAUCAAUUGAGAACGGCUUUAAAUGCGUUGGAAGAAGCUCCACUACUUUAUCUUUA